AUGUCGGCUCCCACCAUAUCUGCAGCACAAGCAGUCGGUGAAUAUCUGCAGCACCCAGAUGACCUCGUCAAGAUCGUCGCGUUCAGGAAGAAAUUGGAGAAGGAGAAGGCAUCCAUCGACGCGCGGCUGAAAAGCGGCGUCAAGGAGCAGUUAGAUGCUACACGGGAGGGCCUGCGGAAGCUCUUCAGCACCAGGAGCAAUGUUCAAGCCAUCAAAGACGAGAUGGAAACAGUGGACAGGCUCUGCAACGAUCCUCAGAAUGUUGUGCCAACGUUUGACCAAAUUAGCAGGGUUUCCAUAGUUCACCGGAACUUCGGACAAACGGAGGAGAUGGUGAACAACCUCGUCGAAAUGAGCAAUCACAUCGACAUGCUGGAGGAGCUACUUGCGGCAGACAGUAACGAUAUCUUGGGCCCGGCGCCCAACCUCCUGCGUAUACACUACCAGAUCAAUAGGCUGGAAGCAUUCCGCAAUCAGACGAUGCAGCAGGCGAAGAAGUCAUCCAUGGACACGAGGAGCACGCUGACCCGCUGGUUUGACCGGUUGAACAAACUCAUUGUCGCUUUCGAUGCGUACAUCAUCGAGCUUGCGCAGCAUAUCCUUCCACUCGUACGCGCGGGGAAUGCGGAAGUUAUCGUGAAGUUGAUCAAGAUCGCAGAAAUUGAGGGAAGAGAGGACGAGAAGGCGAUAGCAAUCAAACUUGUCAAAAAAGUGGCUAAGAUGGAUGCUGCCUCUAAAUUCCGAUCCCUUCAAGCCAACGCGCGGGUCAUUAAGCACUACCGCUCAAAUAUCAUGAAAUGCAUCACUGAGUCUAUUAAAUCCAGUUUCGACGAAGCGUAUGCCCGCGACGGGAACAAUCCCGCAGGGUUUCUCGAAGAUCUCGGCUGGGUAUACCAGGACCUCCUCCGCAUCGAGAGCGACGUUGUGCCAUGUUUCCCUUCUUCCUACGACAUCUACUCAUUCUAUAUUCGCGAGUAUCAUAAAGCAUUGAACGCAACGUUGCUGAAGGUGCUGCGGUCCGAACCCGAGGCAAGCGUGCUUCUCACAAUGCACGCCUGGGUGAAGGAGUACAAAAAGAACAUGACGGAGCUAGAAGUCAAUCCGGACUUGCUCGAGCCGCCUCUGCUCGACGGGAAGGAGCAGAACCUCAUCGAGGACUACCUCAAGCUCAUCAUCAAGAAGCUGGAUGAGUGGACUACGAACCUCAUGCGCACCGAGAUCGCCGCCUUCACGGCGCGCGAGGAGCCCCCGGAGGUCGACAGCGACGGUCUCUAUGGCAUGCAGGGUGCCGUGAUUCUGUUCCAGAUGGUGAAUCAGCAGGUCGACCUGGCGCUGGACAGUGGGCAAGGUAUGAUUCUCGCCCGCGUCGUCGAGGAGGUAAACGGCGUCAUGCGCGGUAUGCAGGAGCAGUGGACGAAGCUCGUCGAUGCUGAGUACAAGAAGCAUAUCGAGAAGCCGGAGGAGGUCGCGGGCGGGCUGGUCGAGUACUGCAUUGCGCUCGCCAACGACCAGCUCAAGUCCGCGGACUUCGUCGAGACGCUGUCCGCGCGCGUAGAGCCGCUCGUCUCGAAGAAGUACCAGGCGACUAUCCACGAUCAGCUGAAUGAUGCGAUGGACGGGUGCCUCGACGUGGCGAAGAAGUGCACACAGACCCUCAUUGACAUCGUUUUCAACGACCUGAAGCCCGCAACGAAGCAGCUCUUCCAGUCGACAUGGUACGACGGGAUCACAGCGCAGAUCAUGGAGACCAUGCGCGACUAUAUGACGGACUACCAAGCCUACCUCAACCAGGCGCUCUUCGAGCUCUUGGUCGAGGAUAUGGUUGACGUCUACCUCGUCACAUACCUGACAGCCCUUGCGAACGCGUCGAAACUGAAGAUACCCGCUGCGACGGACCGAAUGAAGGAGGACAUCAAUGAGGCGUACAAGUUCUUCAGCACGUUCAAGCCGUUGAAGGAUCUACAGCCCCAAUUCGAGAUUCUAGAGAUGGUCCUCGCUCUCCUCGAGGCUUCACCGUCCCUUGUAUUCCUCUCAUACUGGUCGUUUGCCAAGGUGCACGGCCCCAACAUCCCAUUCGUCGAAUCGUUGAUGAAAGCUCGCGAGGAUCUGGAUCGGUCAGCUGUAAGUGAAGUCAUGGAGAGUGUAAAGCGGAAGGUCAAGGAAGAGGGCCUCACUGACCCUGAAGAGCCUACAAUCAUGAAGAAGAUUGCGAUCCAAGGUGCAUUCUCGCGGUUCUUAGCUCGCAGCUAA